CGCGUUAUUCCGUCCGUUGCGCGCGCGCGUUCUGCGGGAGGCUCACGCGCCGUUUCCCUCCCCUCCCCCGGUUACUCCUCCGUGAUUUUUGCUGAGGAGAAGGCGAAGGGAGGCCCGACCGAGAACAACAGCAACAUGGAGGACAGCAGCAUGGACAUGGAGAACAUGGGCUCCCUGCGGCCGCAGACGUUCCUCUUCGGUUGUGAACUAAAGGCAGACAAAGAAUAUCACUUCAAGGUGAAUGAUGAAGAAAAUGAACAUCAGCUUUCAUUACGAACUGUCAGUUUAGGAGCUGGCGCGAAAGAUGAGUUGCAUGUUGUUGAAGCAGAAGCAUUGGACUAUGAAGGCAACCAGAUUACAGUCACACUGGCAUCCUUGAAAAUGUCAGUGCAGCCUACGGUUUCAUUAGGUGGCUUUGAAAUUACACCACCAGUAAUUCUGCGGUUGAAAAGUGGCUCCGGACCCGUCUAUGUCAGUGGUCAGCAUCUUGUGGCAUUAGAAGAAGAGCCAGAAUCUGAAGAUGAGGAAGAGGAGAAGGUAGUGAACACUUCGGCAAAGAGGCCCUCCAAUGUGACACUGAGUAAAAUUCCACAGAAAAAAGCAAAAUUGUCAGAGGAAGAUGAUGAUGAUGAUGAAGACGAUGAUGAAGACGACGACGAUGAUGAUGAGGAUGAGGAUGAGGAUGAUGAAGAGGAAGUGAAGACUCCAGCAAAAAAACCAGCCCGUGAUUCUUCUGCAAAAAACACACCAAAAUCAAACCAGAAUGGAAAAGAUUCUAAGCCUGUGACACCAGCUAAAUCAAAAACUCCAGAAUCCCAUAAAGAGAAGAAACCACAAACUCCCAAAUCACCAAAACCAUCUUCUGUAGAGGAGAUGAAAGCAAAAAUGCAGGCACAAGUACAAAAGGGAACUAUUCUUCCUAAGGUGGAAGCCAAGUUUGUGAAUUACAUUAAGAAUUGUUUCAGGACAGAGGAUCAGAAGAUUAUUCAAGCACUCUGGCAGUGGAGACAGACUCUGUAAGCAAGAAGCUUCAAAUUUUCUUUUAUUUUCCCAGUUUUGGUCCUGUAUGUUUAACCAUUAAUAUCUGGCUGUCCUUUUUAUAAACGCUAAAGCUUUCCCUGCGAAGUCUGAUUAAUGUCGUCCAGAAUGUUUUGCCAAGAAUGUGUUGUCCAAAAUGCCUGUUCAGUUUUUAAAAGACAAGGACUCCACCCUUUGGUUCAUUUCAAAUAUGUAUGGAAUGUUUUGAUAAUGCAUAGUAGUGGUGGUCAGACUGAUGGAAAUGAUGGGGAGACUAAAUGUAAAUGUGAAAAUAAAAAUUUAGUAUUUUAAA